AUGCCGCCCGAACCAACGAAGCCGAAGGUCAAGCGUAGAACGAGUAGGAAAGAUUUGGACGACUUUCGUUUUGACGGCACGCAUGCCCGUGAGCUGGAGCUGAAGCGGACACGAGGUCAGUUGUGCCGAAUGUCGCAGGUUGAAGAUAAAGUGCGACAAGCAGGUCCCUUGUCAAUCCUGUGUGAGAAGAGGAUGUGUGGCAUUAUGUCCCAAUGGGAGUCUCGCCACGGGUCAAGGAACACGGUUCGUCAUUUGGUUGCAAAGCAUCUGAAUAUCGUUGACAAAUCGGUUAUCGCGUUCAGCUUCGUCCUCGCCGCCACCGAACAUCUCCACAAGCGAAUAGCUAAGCUCAGUGGGCGGGUUCGACAGCUCGAAGAUGCCCUCGCCACUCUUCAAGCCAAGCAUUCGACCGAGCCCCACCCCCUUCUCCACGAAGACUACAUGAUGAAUGACGAUCGAGAAGGCGAAGGUGAAACCAACGACCUCGACGCUGCGGGAUCUGGUGGCCAGGCUGCGGAAGUUAGGGACAGCUUUGGGACGUUAUCGAUAUCGGACCAGGGGGUGUCGCUGUUUUUUGGUCCCACUGGAGGGUCUGAGAGCUUGCUGUCGGCUACUCCUGAUGUCUCUGUCGAAUCCCCUAGGGGUUCGAAGACGCCAGACUCCACAAGAGACUCCAAGAGUCCCAUGAGCAUAGGGGAACUCUCGCUCUUUUCGCGGUUCUUCCCUUUCACCCCCGUCGGCUUACCCCCUCAGGUCCAACAGCUCAUCGAGACGCAGCAUCUACCAUCGUAUGAGAAGGCCAUCUCGUUAGCCGAGCACUAUUUUGCCCAAGUAUCAUGGCUUUUCCGGGGAGUCACCAGAUCGCAGGUGAUAGACGACAUGAUUCCCAUAAUCUAUCGACGACAGAUGCCCCUGCCCGGAGAGCACUACGGUGGCCCGCAUGAUUUGGCCCUGCUGUUUUGCAUCUUUUCGAUAUCAUCUUUGAUCGGGGAGAGCCCUUCGGCGGCAUACGGUGACCAUUACUACCAGAUCGCCAGGGCAGCGCUUGCCUUGCAGCCAGUCCUCGAGAAGCCAACCAUGGUGACCGUUCAGGUUCUUCAUCUCAUGAGCAUGUACAACGCCAUGAGUGGGAGUGCAGAUAUGGGAGGCGAGUCCAGUAUGGAGACGACGUGGUCCCUUAUCACUCUGGCGUCGAACCUAUCCCAGACAAUUGGGCUUCAUCGGGAUAGCGUCCGAUGGGGGCUUUCGCCGAAGAUGGUUCAGCGACGCCGGAUUUUGUUCUGGGACCUGUUUGUUGCCGACGUUUGGCAGAGUCUCAACACUGGGCGACCACCGUCCUUUUCGCUUGCAUACGUCGACUGUCGACACCCUCAAUACGAAGACGGUGGCAAGACUUUCGCCACGGAAUUCGAAUCAUGGCAAUUCCGAUUCGCAGCUGAGGUUGUUGCUGAGGUCGCAGCACGUACCUUGACUGCCGAAGCGCCUAGCUAUGCAACUAUCAUGGAGCUGGAUCGUAAGGUUCGCGAAUACCCUAUCCCCGAGACUGCCAAUAGCUCCAGCUCGUCGGACGACUUCUCCACCGCGUUCCAACGCUGCGUUUAUGAGCAUAUACGAGAAACAGUCUUGCUGUACAUCCACCGAAGUUUCUUCGCCCAAGCCAUCAUCGACCACCCAGAGAAUCCCCUCAAGAGUACCUAUUCGCCGUCCUUUUCCGCCGCAUACCAAGCAUCGUCCACAAUCCUCAAAUCUGUUCAAGAGCACUUCAAUAUGUAUCCACAAUCCAGCUCGAUCUUCUGGACAAUGUGGACGUUCGCCUUCAGCGCCGCGGUUGUGUUUGGCACGGUCGUUACUCGGGGUCCGAGAAGUCCCUUGGCCAAGUCUGCGAUGCGGGAGCUGGAACAAGCGUGUAUCUUGUUCUCUAAAGCCUCUGUCUAUAGCACGCGCGCUACCAAGGCCCUGCAAAUCCUGAAGACACUCAGUGAGAAGGCUCGUCUAGCCAUGAGCUCUUCCCAGAACGACCCAUCGAGGGACAAUGGGCUGCACUGGGCAAUCAGAAAAGACGACGACGAACUCUCCAUAUUCGCUGGCCAUACCCGAUUCGUCAAUCCGAAACAUACUGGGGAAACUCCUCCAUCCUCGGAUAACGGUGGCAAUGCGUCACCUGAGUACAACUCCCCUCCCACUGUACAGGCUGUAUCAUCGAUGCCACCAGUACCCCAGGUCCGACAACCCCAGCCCGUCCAAUCCUCAUAUCGCUUUGAAGCCUCUGUUUCUCCCGACGUGCGCAUGGACACAUCGGAGCCUGCGUGGCCUUCUCAAGCCGAGUCGUACGACGCGGCCCCUCGUCCUAGACCAUCUGAUCAGUAUGGAUACCACAGUAAUGCCCCUAUGGGACCUGGUCCCAGCGCACCGGUUGCUGAGUAUUGGGUGAACACCGCUCGAGACGUCUCUGCAGCACGGUAUGACGGACCACAGCACCCAUCAGCACCCCGCAUCUCUCGACCGCUCCAACCUCCGCCCCAAGAUCACGGCUACUACCACCCACCCUCGCCGGGAGACUCCGCCCCUGUAUCACUUCGCUCAUCACACUACUAUCCACCGCAGUCGCAAGGCUAUGCGCCUGCUAUGUACAGCAACCGACAAGCAUCGACCCAUAUUGGGAACGCUCCCCUGUCUGCGUCGUCGACGUCGUCCAGUGGUCAGCCCUUCGAUAUGCAUACGCAUCAACAAUCCCAUCCUCACCCUGCGGAACCUUCCACAGCCCAUCCCCAUCCCCAUCCCGCACACGCCCCGUCUUCACAUGCUCAUCCAACCCAAUCUCACGCUCAUUCUUCGACUCCAACAUACACACAGCAGUAUUCCAUGUAUCCGACGACGCCAGCCUUCCAUUCUCAGGCCGGUCCUCCAGCCAAUAAUGCAUUGGCAGACCUUGGCUUCGCUUCACGCGAUUCCCGACUUGAUGAGAAAUGGGGUAUGUUCAUGUCGGAAUCAGGGAUACUCGAAGAAAUCAACUUCCGCCCUUCGUGA